AUGCAGCGUGACUCGAUGGACUCGGAGAGCUCCCGCAGGUUGCUGUUGUUCCACGCGGCCGUCACCGACCGGAAGAUUGCGCCGCCCCGCUUGUGGUACCAGCCAACCCCAAAACCGUCCGCAUUCAGCUGUUGGCGGUGGGAGUGGGGACGGGGUGCGUUGGCGGCGGCGGCAAAGGAGGCGGCGGGGUCGUCGGCGACGGCGAAGGAGGCGGCGGCGAAGGAGGCGGCGGCGGCGACGGCGAUGCCGAGGGAGGCGGGGGCGACGGCGAGGCGGACGGCGGCGGGGGAGCAGGUGGCGGCGGCGUGGGCGGCGGCGGCGACGGCGAGCCGGAUGGCGGCGGCGGCGUGGGCGGCGGCGCCGCCGGCGGCGGGGUUGCAGGCGGCGGCGGCGUGGGCGGCGGCGGCGACGGCGACACGGAGGGAGGCGGCGGCGACGGCGAGGCGGAGGGAGGCGGCGCCGCUGGCGGCGAAAAGCCGCACGCCGCCGCCCUGGCCUGCAGCUGGCAGGAGGAUAGCGCGAGAGCGCGGCCGCGGCCGGCAAGGCGGCGGCGCUCGACGGCGCCGUCCGGUGGCGGCGGCAGGGCGGUGA